GCCUGCCGGCUCCGACCUCAAGUCACGAGCUUCUCAUCAACGAAAGCUGUUUCUGAGCCGACCACACCACAUCGUCGUCGAAUCAAAUUAUCAAGGUGGAAAGAUGUCUACUCCACCAGAACGCCCACAAACGCCGACGGAUGGCACAGCACUGCAACCUCAGCUAUUCCAAAGCCCAGAUCGCACCCCUACGCAGCGGCUCGUUAAUAACGACUUUGCUACAGCCUCCGUUUCCCCUAGCCCGCCCCCGAACAUGCCAUCGAACAGCCAAAGCGGCCCCAAGCCCCGUCCCAUCUGCCCAAUCGAGAGCUGCGGCAAGGACUACAAGAACAACUGGACUCUCAAGCGCCAUCUUCUUAGCUUCCAUGCUGAAUACCGAUUCGGACAAGAUGCAAACAGUAACAUUGUUCUGAUCGGGACUUUGCAAGAGACACAGGGAGACCAGGAGCAGCUCGGUGGUACAAACAUUGCUCCCUUUCCGCUCAGCGAAGGCCAGCAGCGAACUUUGCUCCAGACAUUGCAACAGUCAGAGCAAGAAUACCCGGCUGCUGAGAUCAUCGACUUUCAAAACCUCCCACCCGAGCUGCUGGAUGAGGCUAUCCGCCUCGUGCAGUAUGAGCAGUUUCAUGUAUCGGCGCUGAACUUGGUCAGGCAGGAGCAAAGGGAUCUGAUAGAGCGUCAGAGGACCCUGCAGCCGCAAGGCUUGCAGUGGCAAGCUCCUGUCACUUUCUCAUCGCAGAACGAACAUCAGGUGCCAACAACACCACGGAAUGGUUUGACUGGGUUUGCGAGGCAUGGGAUCAGUUCGCAGGAGUUUGUUGAAGAUAUAGCGGAGACCGAAGAGAGAAUCGAGGAGGACAGGGAAGAAACUCAGCAAGACGAAACAGACGCAGAUGCCAUGGACGAAUCCGAGGAUGGGGACCCGAUGUAGGGUUGAAAGUACACAAGUACUAGGAACUGAACAAAACGGAGUGGGCGGAUAUGGAUACAUCCAAAAGCAAGAUCAAAAGGCUGGAACUCAUCUCUCAAACAUACUCUCUGCGGUCCCGAGGACUCCGUGGUUCGGCCACCGCGACGGAAGUCAUAACGGGAAGAUUGGCACAAUUGGGAAUAAUGGGUUUGGUCGGGCCCGGAGACAAGAGGUUCAAGGGCAUUGCGGAAGUAAUGGGAUCAUUUUCUUUGGGGUCACGGUAAAAUCAAUCACGGUGGUAGAUGGAGUCGAAUUGCAAGAGUUCGUACAUAAAACCUCGGUUCCCUUAUUAAAUUAUGCUAUCACCCUACGG